AUGGGGAAAUCCAGAAAACUAAAGAACCUAGUCAAUAACGUGAAGUUUUUCGUCAAAAAAUGUAGAGAGAAAAACAAUAAACUGAUCUCCCUGAGUAGUCUGGACGAAAAAGACGAAACGGUCAACUUGGGAAUAUUCACAGAUGAAAAGACAAGCGGUAGUAAAAGCUUCAAGGAAAAUUCUGAUGAAAAUAUUUCCAAAGUGUCAAGCGAAUCCAAUUGUGAUAUAACACACGCAGAUUUCGCCACUGCGUAUGGCAGCCAAUUGAGAAGAGCACAGACACAGGGGAAUAUGCAUUCCUUGUCUGAUUAUUUCGACAGAAGAAUUGGUAAGAAAAUCGUUAAAUUGGGGAAUGAUGGAGGGAAGAGAAAGGUGAUAGGGGGAAGCAUGGACAGGGGCGUGUCAUUAAAUGAUGAAGAAGAAGUGAGAACGGAAAAGAGUGACACUAGAAACGUAGAAAUUAAGAAGAAAAAACAGUGCAAGGACAGAAGAAUGGAGGAAAUGAGAAAUGAAAUCAUGGAAUGCGACUUGCACCUCCUCAGCAUAUACAAAAAGUUGGAAAAGGGGUUGAAAAGUGGGCGACCGGUCAGGAGAAGUGGGACAAAAAAGGGCGGCGGUAAGAGUAGCGGCAUAGUGAACGGGAAAGCCCAUACGAUGAAGACGUACAACUCGGAGGGUAUGAGCAUAAAGAAGGAGCUUUCCCUGCGGAGGGGCACGACCCACGGGAAGGGGAAAACGAGGAAAGGUGGUAGGGGAAAGGGGGAUGAAGCAAAAGACAGAGGUGGUAGCGGAGGGGGUAAACGAAAGGGGGAAUCCCCAAAGGAAGAUCCAAACAUAGGAGUGAAAAUGAAAGCAAACGAAGAACGCAUCAAAAUUAGGUAUAGCUUCUCAGGAGAUAUACCCCGAUUCGAUUCCAAAAGUUCUUUCCUAACACGGGAGGAAACUUUUUCCAAAUAUCAUCAGAUAAGUUCUUCCAAAAACACAUUUGAAAAUUUUCAUUUCUUUCAAGAAGGACUAGCCAAUAGGUUGAACAAGAAACAGAACACGUCCUCCUUUGACAUUGGCUGUAUGUACUUGAAUCCUGCUAUAAGCACAAAGAGCUCCAGAGAUUUGGGGCCAAACAGGCUGAAGGAAGAAGGUGUUACUACAACGACUUCUACAACUGCUAUGGCUUCCAUGGGUCCUACUUCCACGGGUCCGACUACCACAGCUGCUGCUACCUUCCUGAGUAGCUCCAGAAGCUUCCGUCGUUUUAAGUUUUUAAGUGACAACAAGAAGAACAUCGAAUAUUAUAAGCAGAUGAUAGAGAGAUUAGAAGGGACGGUGGAGAAGUCCAAGAAGAAGAGCAACAAGAGCAGCAACAAGGGCAGCAACAAGGGCAGUAGCACCCGUGGCAGCGCUGCCACGACCAAUGGCAUCAGCUCUGUAGACAGCAUCAUUAAAAUUAUAAACUGUCUCCUUCAUGAUUAUGUUCCCAAGCUGAUUGACAGAUAUGAGUAUUACCUGAACACGCUAGAUGAUAGGAACAAAUUACUCAAGCAGAAAAUUAGAGAGUCGCUAGACUUCGGGGAUCUCCAAUACGAAGAAAUCAGAGAGUUAAAAUCUGAGGUGAUGCGAAAAAAUCAGGAAAAGAAAAAACUAAAUGACACUAUAGAGAUGUUGAAGGAUAAAUUGUCGUACGUUAACGAGCUUGAGUUAAAAAAUGCAGAGUAUCUAGACGAAAUUAUGCUCAUGAGAAAUAGGGUUACCUAUUUGGAGAGACUGAUUGAAGAAAAUGAUCAGUCCAAGGAGUCACAUGAACUAAGGAAGAUGAGACAUAACUUGAGAAGGCUAUACAACAGAAUGAAGACUGAGAUGAGACACAUGAAGAAGUUAAAAUCGAGAUCUUUUAAGCGGCACCAGAGGGGGAAAUUUUCCAUUAAGAGGUGGAUUCGUUUGGAGGAGAAGAUGAGCGAGCUGCAGGCGCGGACGUUUAGCCUUGACCAACAAGGGGCUGCCAGUACUUCGGAGCGUAAUCAAUCACCCGAGAGCCAGAAAAAAGAACCAAAGCAGUACGCAGACAAAAGCGUAGACACGAGUGAUAUGCAGGACGUGGCCAAACCAGUUGAUGUCGUAAGCAGCGGUGCCGAAUGUGUGCAAAUGGAAGAGGCAGGAAAGGUUAAGAAGAGAAAAGUCCGAACCAAGGACAAAAAAAUCAACACCAUUGUAAGCAACCGCACGUUUCUGGAGCUACUGAGGAGGGAGGAGAGGAUGGCGGCGGCGGGGAGAGACGGCACCGUUGGGAGAAACGACACACUUGGGAGAGGUAAUAUAAUGAACCGAAGUGGGCGAAGUAACCGAAUCAGUUGGAGUAGCCUACCCUUUGGAAGCGAGAGGUGCACCCCCAUCCCCAAGGAGAGCUACCCCUACUACCACUACUUCUACAGCAAUAUGCUGGCCACGUCGGAGGGAAGACCUGUUGUCAGUAGAAACCCCAUCUGGCCUCCAACCCAAGUGGAAAAAGAACCUAAUGGUAUUGUCCCCCCCAGGGGGAUUAUAUCGGACGAAAAUUAUUUAUCCUUGUGCAGUCAGCUUAAGGAGUGUAUCUACAAGACCUAUUUCGAGGAGUGCGGCUCGGAUCCGUGGGAUGGAGGAGGGCAGUCUUUGGAGAGAACACCCCAACGGUGCGACGCUUCGCCUGACAGGGGGAAGCAAAACGGGGAAAAUAGGGGCACACAGAUUGGACAAAAUGGGGGCACACAGAUUGGACAAAAUAGGGAUACGCAAAAUGGACAAAAUAGGGAUACGCAAAAUGGACAAAAUAGGGAUACGCAAAAUGAACCUCCUCUGUGUCGCAGCCAAAUGGGGGGAUCCCCCGAAUGGAAGAGCCCUUUCUGGAAGGGGACCCCCCCAAGCGAUGACGCGUCCACCUACUCCAUUAGCAGAGGGAAGAAAAAAUGUUACAAUUUACCAUUCGAUUGUUGCAGAAAUUUUAAUAGAAUGUUGACUGGCGAAAUGAACUGUUCGCCUCUCCUCUGGGGGUGUAACGAGGCAGCCUAUCGCCAAGACAGCAGCGUGUCGAGCAGGAAGCGAACUCCUCGAAAGAGGUCAACCGCAUCGAGCGACUCCUCCUGGGAGAGAAAAGACAAACUUAAGAUGACACGUGUAGUUAGGAAGAAUCACCCAUUUUUACCUAAGGAUACGAUUCGAUCUAAAUGCAAGCAUAGGUAUUAUUAUCACCGGGUUGGUGGGGGAGCGAAUGGGGAGGGCCUAGAAGGGGAAACGGAUCAAAUGCUUAGUUGCAUUAGAGGCAAUGACCACCACAUAGAGGAGCAGCAGAAUGAACACACCUGUUUGGAAGUGCCCGAGGGAGACGAUACAUACGAGUUUCACAGUACAGACAAACGAAACAAAGGUGUUGACUUUGGGGGGAAGAUCCUCAUGGACGGUGAACCUUAUGGAAGUAUAUACGAUAAAGAGCGAGUGGAUAAUUUUAAGAAAUUUCUAGCCAUUUAUAAUGCACAUUUUGAGGGAGAUAAGAAGGGUAGCUUCAUUGGCUUUUCUAAAAAAGAAGAGAGUGUCCCAACAUAUGAGACGACUAUGUGGGACGAAGCUGUGCAGGUAGAAGUGAGGGGGAAGGAAGAAGAGGACAUAUACAAAGCGAUCGACACGAUGGCGGUUAACAGGGUUUCGGGUAGACAGCGGGGCGGUGCUUCCAUUGACUGCAUUAUUGGCGGAACGAACAAGAGGCAUAGCAGCGCCUACCACAGGGACUACCAAAUUAACCGCCAAUACAACUCCUGUCGUGUUAAUCCGCUUUACAGCUCACGCCAUUCAAAUGAGGUACACAAUGUGAGCAGCAAUUUAGCGAUAGGCACAGGGAGUAGUAGAGGAGGGCACGGGAGCAAUCACUGCGACACAAGUUGGGGUGCGCUUCACGUAAAAACGGGGAACACCCCCUUUGCAGCGAACAGUAGCAACUGGCCUGGAGCACUCACUGUCAUCAACAGGGACACGAAUGGAAGUGGCCCCUCCCAUUGGUCAAAUCCGCUUAUUCACAGAGGACUGGCACACUUGACUCCUAUUCUUCCCCCUCGCCACUUCCCCCCAAAUGGAGUUCCAUCUAGAGCGAAUGAAACAAUUAGGUAUCACAAUUCACUUAAUCAGUUUCUCGAUAUAAACACGAAGGAUUUUGAAGCCAUCAAUAGGUACCUACACGGUCAUGUGGUGUACAAAAAGGCAGGGACAGAGGCAGGGAAACAGGCAGACAUAGAGGCAGACACACAGAUAGACACACGGGGGGAGGGGUGGUAG